GCAGCUUGGUUGCUCCGUAGUACGGCGGCCCGCGAGGGAGCACCCCGACCGGGCUCCGGGACGCGCGCGGGGAGGCGGGCGGGCCAGCGGGAGGGGAUGGUGUGCGGGGCUGCGGCUCCUGCGUCCCUCCCCGCGCCGUGCGAGCUGCACUGAUUUGUCCCCGGGGCGGCAGCGCGGACCCGCCUGGAGAUGAGGCGACGAUUAGCAAGGUAAAAGUGACAGAACCAUGGCUCAGUUCCCAGCACCUUUUGGAGGCAGCCUGGACAUCUGGGCCAUCACCGUAGAGGAGAGAGCGAAGCACGAUCAACAGUUCCACAGUUUAAAGCCAAUAUCUGGAUUUAUUACUGGUGAUCAAGCUAGAAACUUUUUUUUUCAAUCUGGAUUACCUCAGCCUGUUUUAGCACAGAUAUGGGCACUUGCCGACAUGAAUAACGAUGGAAGGAUGGAUCAGGUGGAGUUCUCCAUAGCGAUGAAGCUCAUCAAACUGAAGCUGCAAGGCUAUCAGCUCCCCUCCGCACUGCCCCCCGCUAUGAAGCAGCAGCCUGUCGCUCUUUCUAGUGCGCCCGCGUUCGGUAUCGGUGGCAUUGCCAGCAUGCCACCACUCACAGCUGUGGCUCCCGUGCCAAUGGGUUCCAUCCCGGUCGUGGGAAUGUCCCCACCCCUCGUCUCCUCCGUUCCUCCAGCAGCAGUGCCUCCCUUGGCCAAUGGGGCGCCCCCUGUGAUCCAGCCCCUGACAGCCUUCGCUCACCCUGCAGCCACAUUGCCAAAGAGUUCUUCCUUUAGUCGAUCUGGUCCAGGGACCCAAUUGAACACCAAGUUACAGAAGGCACAGUCCUUUGAUGUGGCCAGUGGCGCUCCCGGGGCAGAAUGGGCCGUCCCUCAGUCAUCCAGGCUCAAGUACCGGCAGUUAUUCAACAGCCACGACAAGACCAUGAGCGGACACCUGACAGGCCCCCAAGCAAGAACUAUCCUUAUGCAAUCAAGUCUGCCGCAGGCCCAGCUGGCUUCAAUAUGGAACCUCUCCGACAUCGACCAGGACGGGAAGCUCACGGCCGAAGAGUUCAUCCUGGCCAUGCACCUCAUCGACGUGGCCAUGUCGGGCCAGCCUCUGCCCCCCGCCCUGCCCCCAGAAUACAUCCCACCUUCCUUCCGGAGAGUCCGCUCUGGCAGUGGGGUGUCGGUCGUCAGCUCUGGCUCCGUGGACCAGCGACUGCCGGAGGAACCUGCGCUGGAGGAUGAACAGCAGCAGCUGGAAAAGAAACUGCCGGUCACCUUCGAGGACAAGAAGCGCGAGAACUUCGAGCGGGGCAACCUGGAGCUGGAGAAGCGGCGGCAGGCGCUCCUGGAGCAGCAGCGCAAGGAGCAGGAGCGCCUGGCGCAGCUCGAGCGCCAGGAGCAGGAGCGCAAGGAGCGCGAGCGCCAGGAGCAGGAGCGCAAGCGGCAGCUGGAGCUGGAGAAGCAGCUGGAGAAGCAGCGCGAGCUGGAGCGCCAGCGGGAGGAGGAGCGGCGGCGCGAGAUGGAGCGGCGCGAGGCAGCAAAGCGAGAGCUCGAACGGCAAAGGCAGCUGGAGUGGGAGCGGAACCGAAGGCAAGAACUCUUAACUCAGAGGAACAAAGAGCAGGAGGACAUCGUUGUGCUGAAAGCCAAGAAAAAGACGCUGGAAUUCGAACUGGAGGCUCUUAACGAUAAGAAACACCAGCUCGAAGGGAAGCUCCAGGACAUCCGGUGUCGACUGACCACCCAAAGGCAAGACAUCGAGAGCACCAACAAGUCUCGGGAGCUGAGGAUCGCCGAGAUCACCCACCUCCAGCAGCAAUUACAGGAGUCCCAGCAGAUGCUCGGGAGACUCAUUCCGGAAAAGCAGAUACUCAACGACCAGUUGAAGCAAGUCCAGCAGAACAGUCUGCACCGGGAUUCCCUCCUCACACUCAAAAGAGCACUAGAAGCCAAGGAGCUCAUCAGGCAGCAGCUCCGAGACCAGCUGGACGACGUGGAGAAGGAAACAAGAUCCAAACUCCAGGAGAUCGAUAUUUUCAACAACCAGCUGAAGGAGCUGAGGGAAAUCCACAAUAAACAGCAACUCCAGAAGCAAAAGUCCAUGGAGGCCGAGCGACUGAGGCAGAAGGAGCAGGAGCGAAAGGUCCUCGAGUUAGAAAAGCAGAAGGAAGAAGCCCAAAGACGAGCUCAGGACCGGGACAAGCCGUGGCUGGAGCGCGUGCAGCGGGAUGAGGAGCUUCCCCGACCCAGGAAAGCCCCGGAUGAAGAGAGCCUCAAGAGGGACGAGAGCGUCCGGAAGAAGGAUGGGGAGGACAAAGGUGAGCCGGAGACGCAAGACCGGCUGAGCCGCCUCUUCCACCCACACCCUGAGUCGGCUAAGCCCGCGGUGCAAGCGCCCUGGUCCACCGCAGAGAAAGGCCCGUUGACGAUUUCCACCCAGGAGAACGUUAAAGUGGUGUACUACCGGGCUCUGUAUCCCUUUGAGUCGAGAAGUCAUGAUGAAAUCACUAUCCAGCCCGGAGACAUCGUCAUGGUUAAAGGGGAAUGGGUGGAUGAGAGCCAGACUGGGGAGCCCGGAUGGCUUGGCGGAGAGCUGAAAGGAAAGACAGGCUGGUUCCCUGCCAACUACGCAGAGAAAAUCCCGGAAAACGAGGUCCCCGCCCCCGCCAAGCCCGCGCCUGACCUGUCCAGCACCCUGGCCCCCAAGCUGGCUGUGCGGGAAGCCCCCACCCAGCCUGCCGCCACCUCCACGGAGCCCUCCACCACCCCCAACAACUGGGCCGACUUCAGCUCCACGUGGCCAUCCAGCUCUGGUGACAAGCCUGAGACUGACAAUUGGGACGCCUGGGCGACGCAGCCAUCCCUCACUGUGCCAAGUGCCGGCCAGCUCAGGCAGAGGUCAGCCUUCACACCAGCCACUGCCACCGGCUCCUCGCCCUCUCCUGUGCUGGGCCAGGGUGAGAAGGUGGAGGGGCUGCAGGCGCAAGCCCUGUACCCGUGGCGGGCCAAGAAAGACAACCACCUGAACUUCAACAAGAACGACGUCAUCACGGUGCUGGAGCAGCAGGACAUGUGGUGGUUCGGGGAAGUCCAGGGCCAGAAGGGCUGGUUCCCCAAGUCCUACGUGAAGCUCAUUUCAGGCCCCGUCAGGAAACCCACCAGCACCGACCCGGGUCCUUCAGAAAGUCCAGCCAGUCUGAAGAGAGUGUCGUCCCCCGCCGCCAAGACAGCUGCUACCGGCGGAGAUGAGUUUAUUGCCAUGUACACUUACGAGAGUUCUGAGCAAGGCGAUUUAACCUUUCAGCAAGGGGACGUGAUUCUGGUCACCAAGAAGGACGGUGACUGGUGGACAGGAGCGGUGGGCGCCAAGACCGGAGUCUUCCCUUCUAACUAUGUGAGGCUUAAGGACGCUGAGGGUGCUGGGACUUCGGGGAAAGCCGGCAGUUUGGGGAAGAAGCCGGAGAUCGCCCAGGUCAUCGCUUCCUACGCAGCCACCGGCCCCGAGCAGCUGACGCUGGCCCCCGGGCAGCUGAUCCUGAUCCGUAGGAAGAACCCUGGCGGCUGGUGGGAGGGGGAACUGCAGGCACGAGGGAAGAAGCGACAGAUUGGCUGGUUCCCGGCUAACUACGUCAAACUCCUAAGCCCCGGGACCAGCAAAAUCACCCCCACGGACCUGCCCAAGCCCGCGGCAUCCCCAGCAGUGUGCCAGGUGAUCGGCAUGUACGACUACACGGCGCAGAACGACGACGAGCUGGCCUUCAGCAAGGGGCAGCUCAUCACCGUCCUCAACAAGGAGGACCCCGACUGGUGGAAGGGUGAGGCCAACGGCCACGUGGGCCUCUUCCCAUCCAACUACGUGAAGCUGACCACGGACAUGGACCCCAGCCAGCAAUGGUGCUCCGACCUCCACCUCCUGGACAUGCUGACACCCACCGAGCGGAAGCGGCAGGGCUACAUCCACGAGCUCAUCGUCACUGAGGAGAACUAUGUCAACGACCUUCAGCUCGUCACGGAGAUCUUUCAGAAACCCCUGAUGGAUUCUGAGCUGCUGACAGAGAAAGAGGGUGCUAUGAUUUUUGUUAACUGGAAGGAGCUGAUUAUGUGUAAUAUCAAACUACUGAAGGCGCUAAGGGUCCGCAAGAAGAUGUCGGGGGAGAAGAUGCCUGUGAAGAUGAUCGGGGAUAUCCUCACCGCCCAGCUGCCGCACAUGCAGCCCUACAUCCGCUUCUGCAGCUGCCAGCUCAACGGGGCCGCCCUCAUUCAGCAGAAGACCGAUGAGGCCCCCGACUUCAAGGAGUUUGUCAAGAGACUCGCCAUGGACCCCCGCUGCAAAGGCAUGCCGCUCUCCAGCUUCAUCCUGAAGCCCAUGCAGCGCGUCACCAGAUACCCCCUCAUCAUCAAGAACAUUCUCGAGAACACCCUGGAGAACCACCCUGACCACAGCCACCUGAAGCAUGCCCUGGAGAAGGCCGAAGAGCUGUGCUCCCAGGUGAACGAGGGAGUGCGGGAGAAGGAGAACUCGGACCGGCUGGAGUGGAUCCAGGCGCACGUGCAGUGUGAAGGCCUGUCGGAGCAACUUGUGUUCAAUUCAGUGACCAACUGCUUGGGGCCUCGCAAGUUCCUGCACAGUGGCAAGCUCUACAAGGCCAAGAGCAACAAGGAGCUCUACGGCUUCCUCUUCAACGACUUCCUGCUGCUCACACAGAUCAUCAAGCCGCUGGGCUCCUCAGGCACCGACAAGGUCUUCAGCCCCAAGUCCAACCUGCAGUACAAAAUGUACAAGACGCCCAUUUUCCUCAAUGAGGUUCUGGUGAAACUCCCCACCGACCCCUCCGGCGACGAGCCCAUCUUCCACAUCUCACACAUAGACCGGGUCUACACGCUGCGGGCAGAGAGCAUCAACGAAAGGACUGCCUGGGUGCAGAAAAUCAAAGCUGCUUCCGAACUCUACAUAGAGACGGAGAAAAAGAAGCGGGAAAAGGCGUACCUGGUUCGCUCCCAGAGGGCCACAGGCAUCGGGAGGCUGAUGGUGAACGUGGUGGAGGGGAUCGAGCUGAAGCCCUGUCGCUCUCAUGGGAAGAGCAACCCAUACUGCGAGGUGACCAUGGGCUCACAGUGCCACAUCACCAAGACCAUCCAGGACACCCUGAACCCCAAGUGGAACUCCAACUGUCAGUUCUUCAUCAGAGACCUGGAACAGGAAGUCCUGUGCAUCACCGUGUUUGAGAGGGACCAGUUCUCGCCUGAUGAUUUUUUGGGUCGCACGGAGAUCCGCGUGGCUGACAUCAAGCGGGACCAGGGUUCCAAGGGUCCGGUCACCAAGUGUCUCCUGCUGCACGAGGUCCCCACGGGCGAGAUCGUGGUCCGCUUGGACCUGCAGCUCUUCGAGGAACCCUAGACAGCGCGGCCCCGGGCCGCCCUCCACUAGCUUCCGGCCCGGGCAGGGGGCACAUCCAGAAAGGGGGAUGGGUCUUCUCUGAACCCCGUUCCGUG